UCGGUUUGAGCGUGUGAUGACGUUUCACAGCCAAUCAGAGACGAAGGAGGGCGGGACCUUCCCCUACCAUCCUUCGGAAAAAAAAUAUCGCGAACGGGAAAGGAUGAUGCCAUAAAUUAAUGUUAAAAUGCAAUCUUUUAUUCUGUGUCAUGGGUCGUCGUGAAGAGCUCAGUGAGUUUCAGAGGGGGACUAUCGUGGGCUGUCACCUGUGUAAAAAGUCAGUCCGGGAGAUCUCUGCUCUGUUAAACUUGCCUCGGUCCACUGUCAGCGCAGUGAUUCUCAAGUGGAAACGUGGAGGAAUAACCACGGCUCUGCCCCGGAGCGGCAGACCGCACAAGCUGAGGGAGGAGGACCGUCAAGUGUUGGAGAGAGUAGCGCUGGAAAACUGUCUGCCCUCGGUUGAAGCUAUCGCCACCGAGUUCCAGGCCGCCUCUGGGGCCAAGGUGAGCCCCAGGACAGUCCGCAGAGAGCUGAGAGAGAUGGGCUUCCGCGGCCGAGUGUCCACCUACAACAAGACGAGAGGUUAGUCCGGCGGCAGGUGUUUCGGUUUAAAGAGUGACCAUGCCAGUUGACCAGGUCACACCUGCAUCGAGCACCAUGAGCUACAGUUUAGAUAGAGAGUUUAAGGGGAGUGUCCACCUCUCUGAACCACUCCACACCUGUAUGUUAAUGCAUGACAUUGUUUUCCAAACGGUGUGAAACUGUCACGACACGCCCCCGCCUCCUGCUACUGCAGUGUUUAGGUCUCACCAAUGGGAAUGAGCUCUAUUUAGACAUUACUGCUACCCUUAGUACCUGGCCCCAGAGUUUCUCUGUGUGUCCUGGCAACUAUCUGUCAGUUUUUCAUUAUCUAACCUGAAAAGUUUAAUCGACAUUAUCACUCACAUUGUAUUUCAGUGAGUAAGACAGACCCACUGUGUAUCUCUAUUUUAGCUGCAUAAUGAAAACCUAAUGUACAAGUGUGCUACUGUUUUAAGUUCAGAAGAUCAGGAGACAAUUUAGUCAUAACUUUUUAUGUUAAAAAGUCAGUUAAAAGUUGCAGCUUUGAUUUGCAAUCAGUCGACACGUAGCACUCGGAUUAUACAAGCCUUGGUUGAUCUGCAUUUAGUGGCAGCUUUGCAAAAAAGUACAUUUUGAAAUAUAAACCAUAAACUAGGUCACGUAACUAAUUUAUCAGAUAAUGCAAGGCCUGUCUUUUCUGAAUAAUGGACUGUGGUUGUGCCAAUAAAUGAACAUGCGUUCUGUCAAUUAAAUUAUAAAACUCACUGACAUGCAGCGAACUUGGGACCUUGCCUGACUGAUAAUCCAGCUUUGUUGGUUAUUAUUUGUAAAAAUCCAUAAAUAUUGUGGAAAAGUCUGAAUCCUUUAACCUGGGCCCAGUCUGAGCUCCUCACAUGAGUCAGUCAUUUCUGCAGCUGCUUUCACACAAAGCCAUCUUUAUAGAUUGUAUUCGAUCUCUCAGAACUGCAUUUCUGUUUCAAGUGGAACAAUGUAUUUCCAUCUAGAGCUUUUAGAGGUUUUAAUCAGCAACCUUUGCACAGUCUUAAUAUCAUGCUGAAAUAUUUAGUCCUAUUAUUUAAAAAAUCAAGCAAAUGUGUGUGGCAACAAUCAGGUCAGACACAGACUGAGAGAACUGGUUCUCUGUGGAGACGAGUUUGUGCAAAGUUGCUGUGACAUGAUUACCCAAAUGAGAUUUUUACCCAGCAGAUUUAGGUUGUCCUGAAUUGUAUCAUGUUUGGAUACUGUGUAUAGUUUUGAAUAAGUUAUCACUUACAAUAAUUUCUCAUGCUUUAAACAGACGCCCAAUAAAUACCAUUUAUAUCUAUGCAACUUUGAGUUAACCAUUUAUAUAGAGUGGAUAAAAGGUUGGGAUUCAAUAUGUAAUGCUAAAUCCACCAUAAACUCAGAUUAUUGUAACACUAUUUAUCUUUCUAUUCGUAGGUGCAGAGAAAGCAGAGAGGGAGCAGGCACCCCUGAAUCAAGAUAAGGCCAAGGUUGAUGUUUCCCAUCUGGACCUGCGCGUUGGUCGUGUAAUCUCAGCUCUGCAGUUUGCAGACGCAGAUGACCUGCACAUGCUGCAGGUUGAUGCUGGAGAGGCUUCACAAAGGACAGUGGUCAGCAAACUUGCCGAGCACAUACCUCUGGACCAGGUACAGAGUCAGAUUUAUGUGAUAAAAUGUGUUGUGGGAUUUCUCUAUUUAUUAUUUUUUGAAAGUUUAUUUGAGCUUGUUGGACAGACAAUGACAGUCAACACCUUGCCUAUCUCUGUUGGCUCUUGGAGUAAAGCAGAGCAGUUGCUCUGUCGUCUAACUUUCAGUCUGUGUUUACAUGUAAUGGCGUUUAUGGCUUUAGAUUUAAAUAAGCAAAACUUUCUCAGGGACUUAGUUCUCUUAUACCUGUUGGUUUGAGUUUUCUUCAUGUUAAUUUUUAUCCAUCUGAAAUGAGAAAAAAUGUUCUGAUUCUGUUUUUUAGGGCACAUAAGCUGUAAAGUUGUAUUCCAUCUUCUGUCUUUGGUGCAGAUGCAGAACCGUAUGGUGGUACUGCUGUGUAACCUAAAGCCAGCAAUGAUGAGAGGAGUGCUGUCCCAGGCGGCGAUCAUGUGUGCCCACUCAACAGAAAAAGUGGAAGUCCUCGAUCCUCCAAGUGGGGCUGUGCCCGGGGACAGAGUUGUUUUCCAGGGCUUUCCAGGUAAUCGCAACCCAUCACAUCUUUCUUGAAAAAAGGGAGAAAAAACAACUUUUUCUAGCCUGCAAGACAAUGUAAAUAUUUUAGUAGUUUUAACAAGCAACUCAUCAAUAAAUCUCACCAAAUGGGACCCGCUAGAAAAAGUGAAAUUUCAUCAAUCUUUAUUGCUUCACCACCAAUCCAUGACAAGUGUAAUCUCAAGAUGUUCUCCAUAAAGAGAAGGUCUCGAUUAUACUCUAUUCAAAAAUUAUUUGCUAAGACAAUAUAAUGAUAGGAUGUCCUCUUAACAUACAGAAACCUGGAGCAGAACUAGACUUAUUUUUAACAGCCGUCUGCCGUUACUGUACUGGGAUCAAGCAGCAACCUCGGGUCUUCAGAAACAUAGCCGGUGCAGGAGUGCUAAAAAACUGCUGUUCCUUUAGUUCCAACUUGAGGCUGGUUGUAAAAAUAUGGUGAGAUAAUGACGGUCAGAUUGAUAUUAUUUGUUGAAACUGCUGGACUCAGGCAGGUCUACAGUAGCAGGCUGUCUGUAGCAAAAAACAAGAGAGUUUGGGGACUCCCAAAGAGAACUAUGGUUAGCCACUCUUACAGGACACGGAGGUUUAAAGUAGGGCUGGGUGAUAAAAUGAUAACGAUAUAUAUCGAAAAUUAAUUUCCCUCAAUAUCAAUUAAAACAUGGUCAAUAUGCUUUUUGAUACUCGGCAUUCUGCCAUGUUUCGGUAGACUAUACAAAUAGCCAAUGAAGAGGGGAGUUGCUCCGGGUCUGCUUCACACUGAACCAAUCGUGCUGAAUUAGAACCAAGUAGCAAACAACUGCAUAGUAGCAGACUGCAACUACAUGCAACCAUAGCUAACAACACGUGACGCAGACAGCACUGACGGUUGAAUACAGCCGACCAUUCACUCCACUUUCUCUAGUGCAAAUGUUGAAGAGACACAAAGACCUCACAGGUGCAAUAGCACUGUUAAAUUUCAUUUUUUAUUUCAUGAUAUAUAUCGAUGUCGACCGCUAUGAAAAAGAUGUAUUAUGAUAAACUUCCUUCCAUAUCGCCCAGCCCUACUUUAAAGUGAAUAAACCUCUAUUCACUGCAAUUCUGCAACAAAGUUUGGAAAAAGUUCUUUCUUGUUGAAAAGUUCACAAAGCAAGUUCAAUCAAAAAGACCUUGUUGAAAGAUUUGAAGCUCUUACUGUGAGUUUGGCGUCAUUGCCAAACAUCACUGAUCUCUUGUGCAUAUCCCUGCAUCCACUUUCAAUAAUCUCCCUCAUAGAAAGCACCCUUUCAGGAGAUCAGAGGUUUUCCUGUUCGAAGUAUUAUUAUGCAAGCACAUAGGCAAUAAUAGUCUAAGAGGCAUAAAUCAUGCAUUACACAUGGAUGAGUCGAGAACAAGAAGUUUUUCUGUAAUGUAUAAAUCUGGUUUAUUGAUUGCAGGUAAACCCGACAGGGAGCUGGACCCUGAACGGAAAGUGUGGGAGCAGAUUCAGAUGGACUUAUACACAAACCACCAGUGUGUUGCAACAUACAAAGGAGCUGCCUUUGAGGUCAUCAGCAAAGGAGUGUGUAGAGCCCAGACUUUGAGUAACACAGAAAUCAAGUGAACUCGCAAAGCUGUGAGAAAGAUCUCAGAGUUGAUCCUUGCAGUGAGACUAAACCCAAAGUGUUAUGGAGAGUCUCCACAGAGGAAUAAAGGAAGCAGAAUCAGGCCUGUGGUUUUGGAAAGACAUGACCAGCAGUCACAUGGGUGUCAUGUUUGACCGGCCUCAUAGUUCUGAACUCUAAACCAAGCAAGGUGAAGAGUAUGUUGCCCUCUGUUGGACAAACUUGAACACUAUUGUCACAUUUUGAAUAUGAAAAUCUGACAUUUCCCUCUGUGAUCAGAGGAGGGCACUACAGUGAGUGUAAUAGUCCACAGUACAUGUGAGUUUGUUGAAGAGGGAUACACAACACACCCUCACAGCAAACAAGGUGAACAGAAAAUGGAAGUCUUCACAGAAACUUUCUUUGGUUUGGGGUAUUUUGGCAAAAUGAAAAUGACACCAGAGAAAUCAUUUCUAUAGAACAGUGAAGGAAACUCCAAGGUGCAAAAGCCCCGUUGCAAAAACAGGACUGAGUGGUUUUACUUUCUUCAGGGAGAGGGAAUAAAGUAGGAAAUUAGAGAAAUUUACCAGUUCUCUGAGCUCCUUUAGUUUAAGUCUCUUUACAGUAAGUGGGAUUGCAACAGUAUGAGAACUUCCUGGCACAAUUCCCAUCUCAGAAAAUAUUAGGGUCCUAUCGAAUACUGUAUUGCUCAGUUAUUGUUAUUUUCAGGUCAAAUGUCCUUGUAAGUAAAGUGACAGGAUGGUCUGUCAGUGUAAGAAUCAUUUCAAUGUCGUUUCUUCAAACGUGAUAUCUAAAGCAGUAAAGUCAUUUGUAAGAAACAUUAAUAUCAGAAAACGUGUGUACUUGUUAAGACAAUGCCCUAGUUUUGAAACACUGUUAUGACAAAACAAGUUUACCACUGCAACCAAAAUCAGGGCAGUCGGUCACCCUUCAAUCAACUGCAUAAAUUCAUGCAAAUACUUCCAUGAUCUAGAGCAGUGUCAUAUCAGAAACUUCCCUUUUUCAGCCUCAAGGACUGAAUAUUAAAAACAUACUUUUGAAAAUAAACUCAGAUGUAUUUUGUUUCUACAGUAUGUGUCUGUGUGUGAUUUAAACCAGUGAAUGGACAGUGUUACUCUGUUCUCAGACACUCAAAGACGAGUUUACUUAAUCUUCAGGUUUUGGUUCACGUCAGCCUUCUUCAUCGUCUCCAAUAAGCAUAUUCAUUAUAAAAUGGACAGAGGAAUCCAUUUGCAACAAACUGCUUUCGUGUCAUACUCCAAAUAUUUACCAAAAAUAAAGGAGAACAAACAAACACAAAGAAGCUCUUCUUCCUGUAUUUUAAAGGAAGAACUGAGAAAGCGCAUGUAAAGAAAGGGGAUGUGAUUCAGGAACUCUGAUACAGAAGGGCUUGUCCGACAAGUCGCAGUGGUGUUGUUGACAGGGUUAUAAACCUUUUUGUGAGAAAGAGUUUUUCACUCAUUACAGUCUGAACAAAGUGUGGAAUAUGCUGACUUUAAUUAUUCAUAUUUAUUGUUGGGAAUAUGCUCAAAUUUGAAUUUAGUUUUCCAUAAAAUAUGUUUGAAGUUCAAUACACUGGUGUUUCCGUGACAUUUUCACUCAUCUUGACAUUUGAAACACAAACAAUCCCACAGAUUUGGUGAAGAGAUGGUGAGUCUGGUGUGUGUUGUUUGCUUUAUUAGUAACCAUGUCUGUGCUUCAGUUUGCCAUUAUGAAAGCUGAUACACCCCGGUUACUAUAUCAUAAUCAAAUGUAGAAAGUUAUUUAUCACAUGGGGCAGAUGCAACCAGUAAAUUCAGAUUACAAUGGUCUCUUGAAGCGAAUGUGUAACAAAAACUAUGAAGUCAUGAAAGUUGCUUUUGUAAAAACCCCAGACCCACCAAAAUAGACAAAGGUGCUUUUCAUCUCUUACCACAGUGAGCACUGACAAAUACUAAAGCCUGACCUGAAUAGAAUAUAUUUAAUUUUAAAAGGUUAAAAGUGUUGAUAUGAAUGUCUAUCACCCCCCACACCCACCAUAAAUAAAGUCUACUCAUGUAGAAACCCCAGAGG